GUAAGUGCCAAUCGAAUGGACGAGUUUAAAGAGGAAUGUCAUACCAAAAUACGUUUGACCAUAAAAAUCACAUGUGUAAAGGUUUUGUUUUGCUGUGAUUACAGCUUGCAGCAUCUCUGCUGCGAAGAAUGGAGACCAGAGACCAGAGAGCGGAGAAGCAUCUUCGCCAAUCCCAAAAACAGCAAGAGUAACAGCGCCAACGCAGACGCCACCGAUUCCGAAUCCGAAUCCGAUUCCGAUUCCGAAUUCAAGUCGACGCCGGCAGAGGAAACCGAGGCACUUGGCAGAGGCAGACGUCGGCGAUCUGGCAGUCGCUUCUCAGCAAUCUUCGCCUCUGGUUCGACAUUCAGUUCAGUUCUCAGACCCACACGAUCAGAUCAGCAAAAUAAAGACCGAAUAAAGACCGAGGAACAGGGGAACGAAAGACAGAAGACAGCAUACAGAAGACAGAAUACAGAAGACGGAAAAAACUGA